GCAAUCCGAUGAACCCAUUAGGAAAUGCUUGUUUGUUGUGACCGCCGCCGAAAGAGCGCCGUAUCGGACCGAUUUUUUUGCAGGCCGCUGGCAGUAACUAGCUCACACCGUCGGUGUGCAACCCUCGAACCGAAAGUGGCCACCAGUGGAACUUUUGCGUGUCUUUCUGACCGGUAAUAUUACAUAACGCAGACAUGGGAGGCAAUCCAUCGAAGGCAGAACCCACGUCGAAGGGCCGGGAACCGGAUUUUACACGCUUCAAGGCGCGGGUCGACCACGUGAAGAUCGGUGGCCUCUGCCGAACGCGGGAUGACUAUGUGCAGCGAGCCGCUCGACAUCUGUUCAAUGCGCGAAACUUUCAAGAAGUUAUCAUCGAAACGGCAAACGUCAAGGACGAGCUUCUGCGCUUGGGAAUCUACAAAAAUCUCCGCAUCAAGAUCGACACCAGCAAAGGGAAAGAAGCGACAGAAUAUGGGUAUAGCGUGGCCUUCGAAGGUGACGAGUUGUCCCGCAUCACCGGUAGCGUUGGUGUCGAGGUUGGCCAAAAUGAUGGCGCUGCGACGACGGAGCUGGUAACACCGAACAUUUUCGGACGCGGCGAGAAGCUGAGCCUCAACUACAGCCACAGUUAUGUGCGCAACAGUGUGCUAAAUUUGAGGUUUACCAAACCGUAUUUACACACAUCCGUCGGUGACUACGAUCCGGAGACGUCGAUUACGUUAUUCAAAAAUUCCUCCCCUUCGCAGUGGUCCAAAUACCGGACCGAGGACACCGGAAUGCUGCUGGAUUUUUCGUUCUCGCUGCCUGCGCUCAGCUUUAGCAACAGCUUACAGUACGAGCUCGGGAUAAAGGAGCUGUUUGCGAUGGACAAGCAGACGCCCUUCUUCGUGCGCGAACACAAUGGUCCGAGGCUUGUCUCGACCUUCCGCUACAUCGGUCAGUUCGAGGGACGGGACGACAACGUGUUUCCGUCGACCGGUGCGUUCGUGAAGGGCACGAUGGAACUGAUUGGUAGUCGACUGUCGCAGACCGGCAUCGUCCGGCAGGAUGUUCACGCCGAGCUAAACGUGCCCCUGUUUCUCGGUCUGUCGGUGCAGCUCUGUGGCCGUGCCGGUCUCACGAUGUACGACCGGAAGAAGGAAACGUUGCCCAUCAACCAGCUGUUCUUCCCUGGUGGGCCACAAACGCUGCGUGGUUUCGAGAUAGCCGGUGCUUGCCCACGGCGUGAUGGCGUUGCCGCCGGUUGCCAAUCGUACUGGGCGACCGGGUUGCACCUGUGGGCCCCGCUUCCGUUCAAUCAGUACUUCGGUGGCUUCGGAAACCUCUUCCGGACGCACGCUUUCUAUAAUCUCGGCACGUGCGACACCUUCACGACCGAUAAACUUCGCAGCUCAGCCGGGGUCGGAAUCGCGUUCCGGAUGGGCCAGAAGGCACGCAUCGAGUUCAACUACUGCCAACCACUGUCCUACGAAGCGGGCGACCGUUUGGUGAAGGGUUUCCAGUUCGGCAUCGGCUACGAGUUCCUGUAGAGAGAUCUCGCCACGGGAAGAUGCGUUACGUUAGUUCACCCUCCCCGCAGUGCUUAAUAAUCCGAAACGUAUUUUUUCAAUGCAUUUGCUUUCUGUUGCCUUCCGGACGAGUCAGUAUCAUUAAGUUAUAAAUGA